CUUUCCGUCUCUCCCUCCUCCCAUGCCAACCUGCUGCCGCCUUUGUCAGCGCAGCCCGGCGCUAUGGCAUCCUGCUGGGGCUCCAGGCUCGGGCUCUUCAUCCUCCUCCUCUUCCUCCGCUCUGGGCAGCGGCUGCUGCAGAGGCAGAGCCAGCCGUGACGGCCGCGCUCCCCAGGCAAGAGGCAGGCGGAACCCCCAGGCUGGUGAAUGAAGCUGCACUCCCUGGGUUUCUCUGGGAGCACAUCACUGAAGAGGAUGUUCUCUGUCCUUGAUAUUGCUCAGUUUUCAAAUCCACCCUGAUUGGCAGGCAGCCCUCUAGCAUCUGCUGGAUUGGUUUCAAGAAGUGGAGCACAGUUUCCAGGCUAAACAGCAAAAUACGCUUAAACCAUGGAGUCCAAUCAAGAAUCCUCACUCUUCCUCAUGAAGAUCUUGGAGGAGCUGGACACGAAGCAGAAUACUGUUUCUUACCAGGACCUCUGCAAGUCCCUGUGUGCGAGGUUUGAUUUAUCCCAGUUGGCCAAGCUCAGAAGUGUGCUGUUUUACACUGCUUGCCUGGAUCCUAAUUUCCCAGCGACUUUGUUCAAAGACAAAAUGAGAUGCACUGUAAACAAUCAGCAAUCAAAGAAAAUCAUGGUUGCAGCAGAUAUAGUAACAAUAUUCAACCUCAUACAAAUGAAUGGGGGAGUGGCCAAGGAGAAGCUUCCAGUUGCAAGGCAGAAAGUGAAGAAGAAAGAGUCCUUCGAGUCCUGUAGAUCUGACACAGAAAUCUGCAAUGUGGCAGACUGCGUGCCCAACUGUGAACUGAAUGACCAGGAGUUCAACCGGGGUUUUCCAGUCAGAAGGUCCUCAAAAUGCAGAAAGAUGGACUGCAAAGACUGUCAGCAGUUUGUUCCCUCAUCGGAACCCAACUUUUUACUUGGUGUUAAUAAGGACAUGAAGGGCCGGGCUGCCUCUCUGGAUAGGCUGCAGGCAUUGGCGUCCUACUCCAUUGCCACAUCUCCACCAUGCGAGAUGCAGAGUACGUACUUCCCCAUGAACAUUGAAAAUGAAUCAGACCAGGACUCCUUGCCUAUACAUCCAGGCAUAAAAGAAACUUUCAUUUCAAAUGAUGAGCCAUUUGUGAUGCAGACAUGUGUCCAGAAAAGAAAUAUAUUCAAAGAAGAUUUUCAUAAUCUGAUUACAAUAUCUCCCAGCUUAAUACCGCCCAGCAAAAAGCCAGAAGAUGGACACAGAGAGCCUAAGAACAGGAAAGAAAGCUCUAAGCAGACUUUCUUCAACCACAGCUUUGAAAUGCCAUACAGCAGCCAGUACUUGAAUCCAGUUUAUUCUCCUAUACCAGACAAAAGACGAGUGAAGCAUGAAAGCUUAGAUGAUCUUCAAGCUUCAACGUAUUUUGGCCCAACUACUAUUCUCGGGCCCCAGGAGACCAAAAAGUGGACUGGAAAGCCAGCCAAGCAAACUGCCUGGCCAGCUAAAAGCUGGAGUUUAAAUACUGAGGAGGUACCCGACUUUGAAAGAUCAUUUUUUAAUAGGAAGCAGUCUGAAGAGAAGCUGCGAUACCAGAGUUCAAACAACCCAUCUCCAAACUUUCCUUCGGCUGACAGGCAUCAGUCCUACCUAAAUGCGAAGGAUUCACAACCAAUUAUGCAGGCAAACUAUGCCGUGAAACCAAAUGGGCAUAAACCCAAGGAAAUCCCUUCUAUUCUAGAUGUGGAGAAACAUGAGCCAGUCAAAAAGUUUAAGGAUAAAAGCAUUAACUGUACUUCUGUUCAGAUCUUGAGCAUUGACAGGACCACAAGUGUUGGGACACAGACAGAGCAGCAAGUUCUGGACCACAAGAAGUGCAAGGACUUGUGUGCAGCAGGCCAAGCCAAGUACGGAGAGCGGCACUCUCUGAAGCACUCAGAUGACGACUCUGAAAUCGUGAGUGAUGAUAUCAGUGACAUUUUCCGGUUUUUGGAUGACAUGAGUAUCAGCGGGUCCACAGGAGUGAUGCAGUCUUCAUGCUACAACAGCACCGGUUCCUUGUCCCAGGUGCACAAAUCAGACUGUGAGAGUUCACCUGAGCACAAUUUGACAAAGAUCUCCAAUGGGAGUGCCUGUAACAAGCUGGAUAAAGUGGCCCGGGCAGACAUCAGUAACACAGAUGAUGAACUAAAAACGAGCGUCUGCAAACUAGUGCUGAGGAUUGGUGAAAUAGAGAAGAAACUGGAAUCUCUCUCAGGUGUCCGAGAUGAAAUCUCCCAAGUCCUGGGAAAACUAAGCAAGUUGGAUCAAAAAAUCCAGCAGCCGGAGAAGGUCAGUGUGCAAAUAGAUCUCAAUUCUUUGACAAGUGAGGCUGCGUCGGAUGAGAGUAACUCCCCGCAGAUAUUUCAGUGCCACAAUACUCCUCAUGGAGGCAAACUGGAGAAUAAUCCAGAAUGGUGCUGCUCAGAUGCCAGUGGAAGUAAUAGCGAGAGUCUUCGAGUAAAAGCCUUAAAAAAAAGUUUAUUUACUAGGAGGUCAUCCAGAUCAUUAACAGAGGAAAACAGCGCAACGGAAUCCAAAAUAGCAAGUAUUUCAAACUCUCCCCGAGACUGGAGAGCUAUUACUUACACCAACCAAGUUGGCAUUACGGAAGAGGAGAGGAAAGAGAGAGAUGGAGGAGAAAAUAAGGACUGGCACAGGAAAUCUAAAGAGGCAGACAGGCAAUACGAAAUCCCACAGCCACAUAGACUCUCUAAACAACCAAAAGAUGCUUUCUUGAUUGAACAAGUCUUUAGCCCUCAUCCCUACCCUGCGUCACUCAAGUCACACAUGAAAAGCAACCCACUCUACACAGACAUGAGGUUGACAGAGCUGGCUGAAGUGAAACGUGCACAGCCGUCAUGGACCAUAGAGGAAUACACGAGGAAUUCGGGGGAUAAAGGCAAGAUUGCAGCAUUGGAUCUACAAACUCAAGAAUCUUUAAACCCAAACAACUUGGAAUACUGGAUGGAAGACAUUUAUACUCCUGGCUAUGAUUCCUUAUUAAAACGCAAAGAAGCCGAGUUCAGAAGAGCAAAGGUUUGCAAGAUAGCUGCUCUGAUAGCAGCGGCAGCUUGUACGGUCAUUCUGGUCAUUGUAGUUCCCAUUUGUACAAUGAAAUCCUGAACCUGUGGACAGAGCCGUGACUCCCAGCUGUGUGCAUCUCGGAUAGCUCAUGCUGUGUUUCAAACGUCUGAUGGCAGAACUGUAAGGAAUUUGCUAAGGAAGAAUGUUCCGAGGAUAAUCCUGAUGGAGAAUGCAGUAAACAUAGUAAAACACAACUAGGGAAACAUUUUUC